UUGUAUGGUCCAUUUGCUGAUUCCACUGUUUAUUCUGUAUUGCCUGCUGUAAUGAAGCACAGUGCUGUUUGCUUUGCACUUUUCACUGGUUCAAGUAUUGUAAGAACGUGGAUGCGCAAUUUAUACUUUGUUCGUGCUGAACCUGCUGCAGAGCUUCUUUCACUUGUGCGUUAUACUGUCAGUGAACUGCGUGUCCAACGAUUGAGUUUUAUGUAUCUUCAGAAUAUGAAUUAUGGUGACACGGAAUAUGAGAGAAUUAAAGAAGUGAUGGGGCAAAUGAAGUAUGAACUGAACAGUGUUUUUUCUUUGAAGGUGUCGUUGAAUGUACCUGCUGACGAUGCU